UGUCGUGUAGCUCAAUUUGGGGUUUGACUCGUUUGUUAUGGAUUAGUGUUUGUUGGUUCCCAACGCCCCCAUUUUAGAUGACACCAUCUUUGAUCGGAAUCGUGGAUAAAGCUCGGAUUUUUGUGUGAAUAUUGCUUUAUUCAUGGUGGGUUCUCGGUCGAGCCCCGGUCCCCCUGGAAAGACAACAUUUUGGGGAUGGUUCUUCAUCGCAAUCGGCUCCAUUUUCUUGCCCUUGUUCGUCUUUGCUGCUGUAGUGUCGAAGCUUCUUCCGCCUUCCAAUAACCCCGUCAUAGCCGCUGUCCAGAAAGACAGGUAUUACUACCUCUUGGUGCCAUUGAUCCUUCCUGUUCUUGUGGUUGCUAUAUACUUCCGCUGGCUUAGCAUGAAGUUGUUCAAGCAUGCAUGAAAUCAUUAAUAGCAAGCACAGAGCUAGUCAUAAUGAAAAAUUUUGGUGGAGAAUGUGAAUGAUAAUUCAGGAAGUUCAAUCCAUCCGGGGGAAUUUUGAACACUAAGACUUCAGUUUCUGUUUUUUACUAAAUUGUAGGUGUAAAAAACUAGAGCUGAAUGAAUCUGAUCAUCUGUUUUCUUCACUUGGAUCUAUAAAACAAGAUUUAGCUU